AUGUCUGCAAACUGGACCAAUUCGUACACCCACCUCGAUGACCCCAUCGAGAUGUUCUCGCCCGUUUACCAAGGUCUGACGUGUCUGCCCCCCAACAUCUAUGACUCUGGAAACUGCACAAUGGGCGGCUUCCCCUGGUAUGUUAUCAAUGCAACAACGCCCGAGCACAUUCAAGAGGGAGUAAAGUUCGCCAAAGAGACGGGUAUUCGACUCGUGGUAAAGAACACGGGACAUGAUUUCUCAGGAAAGUCGGGCGGUGGCCAGUCUUUGAGCAUCUGGACGCAUUACUUGAAAGACGUGGAGUACAUUCCAGAGAUAGUUGAUGAGGUGGAGGGGUACUCCGGUCCGGCGUUCAAGUGCGGCACAGGCGUGCAAGCCUUUGAGAUUUAUCGGAUCGCCCAUGAGUACGGAAAGGUGGUUGUGGGCGGAGAAGGGCAGACUGUUGGCGUGAUGGGAGGGUACAUCCAGGGGGGUGGUCAUUCUCCCCUAAGCUCCAUCUACGGCACCGGUGCAGAUCAAGCGCUUGCCUUUGAGGUCGUAACUGCCGAUGGCAGAUUUAUUACCGCAGAUCAUACGCAAAAUUCGGACUUGUUUUGGGCACUCCGUGGAGGUGGCGGCUCAACCUUCGGAAUCGCCACGUCCGUCACAGUCAAGGCGUUUCCCGAUGUUCCGACGACAGCAGCAGGAUUCAAGUUUUCAACGGCAGACGGCCUUUCGAAUGAUACCUUCUGGUCCGGUGUGCGAAGCUAUUUCGACCAUUUCAUCGACAAUGCCGACAAUGGAACAUAUUCUUAUUUCGUCAUGCUUCCAAAUAACCCCAGUCCUGGGAAUUUCUUGUUCCAAAUGACGCCCUUCUUCGCCCCCAAUAAGACCGCAGAGGUUGUGGAGUCUUUGCUGAACCCGUGGUUCACCGAGCUUCGGGAGCUGGGGAUUGACUUUGAUCCUAAUAUUACCGAGUACGCCUCUUUCUACCCUGCUUGGAAGGACUUCUUCCCGCUAGAAGUCGUUGAGAAGGUUAAUGUGCAGAGCGGCUCUCGUCUGUUCCCAAGAAAGAAUUUCGAGUCAGAAGAUCUGAGACAAGCGACUUUCGACGCCAUACGCACGUCGCUGGAAACAAAUCACGUCUUCGUGGGAUUUAACAUUAAAGCUACGAGUCCGGAUAAUCCAGACAACGCGUUGGAUCUGCACACUGGCACAGACGUUCGAGUCGAAGACGAAUCAACCGAUGAUAUGGAGUCCAUCGUCGAGAAUGUGACUUCGACAGCCCUUGACCAUACCGGCGACAUGGAGUCCAUCGUCGAGAAUAUUACUUCGAUCGCCAACAAUAUCACUUCGAAAGCCUCCAACUACACCCACGAUGAAUUGCAACGGAUGUCAACGGAACAAUAUGCCGCAAACAUGUCACAAAGAUCAUAUAGGCUGCCUGCCGCGACAAAUUACACAGGCUGGCAUGCUUGGGUUUGGCCAGCAUUAGUCUACCUCGUUGGUAUGUCGUGCGGUGUCGUAGCCGUCAACUGCAGGGAGAAGUACCGCUUACCCUUUGUGCUCGCCUUCUGCGCCACCGGCAUCGAAAUCUUGCGAUACGUCAGCGGAAUCAACAUGAACUAUGCCGUGAAGGACACUCUGCUCAAGGGUAUCAUUAUCCAAUGCAUGGGCGCGGUAGUCAUGGUUCUUCGCGAAGGAUUCGUUCUCACCGAGGAGCAGAAGAGACUCCCGUGGCCUCAGCGAGCCCGCGCCACUUACAAGAUCGCAUGGAACGGACGUUUUAUCAAUACCGCUCGACAAGCCCCUGUCUACCAUCUCAUAAGGGACCAAGACAAGAAAAGACAGGACCCAUCGGCUGUAAUCGAGAAGAGAAAGGAACUGGCCGAAAGAAAAGCCCAGAAGGCCACCACCGCGAACGGCAAAAAGGCCAACGAGGUUGCCCCAGUCACCGAUACGGCGAACAAGCAAGUCGCCGUAGAGCUUUGGAAGAGAUUCAGCACUCACGCCUUGAAGAUAUGGAGAAACCAUCGUCUUCGGUGGAUGUUGGAAACCGUAUGUCGAAUACUCCUCAUCAUCAUCGUAGACAACGCCAAGGACAUCGUCAUCGACAGAUAUCUCGGCUUCGUCUGGACGGACAUAGAGGACCACAAGUCGGCAAUAAUCCGUCGCUUCCUUAGGGGGGACCAUAUCGAGCCCCGCGAGGUUUGGGUUCGUGUCUACUUCGGCUUCGAAUCUGUCUGGGCAGCCUACAACUGGUACAACCGAGUUCAUUUGUUGUGCGCUUUAUUCUUUGUCGGCCUUGGAAUCGACGAACCCGAGGAAUGGCCCCCUAUGUUCGGAGACAUCCGCCAAGCAUGGAAUAUCCGCCGGUUUUGGAGCAAGUACUUUGACCGCCUAAUUUACCGCACUGUCUGCGGCACUGGCGAGAUGAUGAUGCAGGUCGUCGGGCUCGGCAGGGGUCCCUUCAUGGGCAAGAAGCGCUGGCUGCUGAAUUGCCUUGUUUUCACUAUCAGCGGUUUCUUCCACGCUUACACGGAUUACCUGGCCGGUAUUAGGUGCGGCUUUUGGUGGGAGGUCUUCACGUGGGUGGCAAACUUCGUUGUCAUCGCCUUCGAGACGUUGUUCCUGCACUAUCUCAAAACGUAUUGCCCAAGGGUAUACCACGCGCUGAGCGGGAAAAUCGGCAAGACCAUCGGAUUCGUCUGGGGCUUCUCUUGGGUGUGGUGGAUCACCCCAAAGAGUCAACCUCCGACGGUCCACAUGGCGUUCGAGGAACGGCUUUCUUCAAUGGAGUACGUGGGGAUCUACCCGAAGCUCUCAUCGUCGCUGACCAUCAAGCCUCCGGGGUGUCUGCUGCCUUCAGCCACGGCUAUGGGCGCUACCUUUGACACCGAACUGAUGCAUUCUGCAGGCGAGAUGCUCGCAGCCGAAGCCAAAGAGAAGGGCUGUCAUGUUAUCCUCGCCCCUACUGUCUGUCUACAAAGGUCUCCGCUCAUUGGUCGUGGCUUCGAAGCCUUUGCUGAGGACCCCUUCCUGAGCGGCACCUUGGCGUCCGCGUAUAUCAACGGCGUGCAGACAAACGGUGUGGGGGUUAGCAUCAAGCACUAUGCCGCCCAUGACCAGUCUACUAUGUCUAUUGAAGACUCAAUCAGAGUUUCGGAGCGAACGCUGCGUGAGACGCAUCUCCUACCCUUCCAGAUUGCCGUCAAAAACGCGAAUCCAUGGUGCUUCAUGACGGCGUACCACAGGAUUAAUGGUACUCACGCGAGUGAGGACCCGUGGCUCUUGGGGGACAUCCUCCGUAAGGAGUGGGAAUGGGACGGACUUAUCAUGAGUGACUGGUUCGGGACGUACAGCACCUCUGAGGCUGUGAAUGCCGGGCUUGAUCUUGAGAUGCCUGGGCCAGCAAGGUGGAGGGGCGAAUUGCUCAUGUGGGCUGUUUUGUGCCGCAAGGUCAAGGAGGCAACCAUUGAUGAGCGGGUCCGAAGUCUGUUGAAUCUGACCAACAAGGUUCAGCCAGCACUGAAGCAUCAGGGCGACGAGCGUACACAAGGUGAUACUGAAGAGAAACGGCGGGUGUGCAGGAAAGUGGCGAGCGACUCAAUAGUUCUAUUGAAGAACGAACGAUCCGUGCUGCCUCUCAAUCCGUCUUCCGAGCAGACCUUUGGUCUAAUUGGACCUGCUGUUCGGCUGCCUGCCGUAAGUGGUGGUGGGUCGGCGGACUUGGUACCGUACUAUGUCAGCACACCGUUGGAUGCUAUUGUCGAUGUCGUAGGGGAGGGAAGAGUGAAGACAGCCAUAGGAUGCCAUGGCCAUCUCUUCACCCCUCUUCUGUCGUCCAAUGUGACUGUUCCUGGUACGAGCCAGCCUGGUUAUAUCCUUGAUUGGUUUGAAGAGAACUUUGAAGAGAACCGAGAUGCAACGCCUCUGCACACUACGACGACAACACAGGCGCAGAUGUACUUCGCCGAUAGUCUUCCAAAGGGCGUCCCCAGCGCGUACUGGCUGCGUGUGAAGACGUGUUUGACUGCCACAAAGACGGCAAAAAUACAACUCGGACUUUGCGUUAUCGGAAAGGGAAGACUGUAUGUCGACGGAAAGCAGGUGAUCGAUCUUUUCACCAGCCAACCCAAGAAGACGAUGCAUACACCUAUGUUCAACCAAGCAAGCAUGGAGCGGACUGCGGAAGUCGAAGUUGAGGCCGGAAAAGGUUAUGAAGUCUGCGUAGUGCUCCGAAAUGAAGCCGCCAUUCCCGGGGUUGGCGCUCUAAGUGCAGGUGGGUUGAGGAUCGGCUGCUGUGAGAAGAUCGACAAGGAGCAGGCGUUGAUAGAGGCUGUGAGACUAGCAAAGUCCGUCGACAUACCAAUUGUGAUAGCUGGACUAAAUGCGGACUAUGAGAGCGAGGCCGUUGAUCGGAAGUCCCUUGACUUGCCACCGGGGACUGAUGGGUUGAUUGAGCGGGUCAUUGCGGCAAAUCCCAGAACAGUUGUUGUAACUCAAUCCGGAUGUCCCAUAGCUAUGCCCUGGAUCGAACAAGCUGCAACUGUUGUACACGCCUGGUUUGGCGGCCAGGAGACAGGCAAUGCCAUUGCCGACGUUCUGUUUGGUAAAGUCAACCCCAGCGGCCGUCUGUCGGUGACAUUUCCGAAGCGUAUUGAGGAUACGCCAGCUUUCUUGACAUUUGGAAAAGGCCAGAGGGAGAUCAUGUAUGGCGAGGGCGUUUUCAUCGGUCACCGAUACUAUGAGAAGGUCAAGACGCGCCCGCUCUUUUACUUCGGCUAUGGCCUGUCGUACACAAAUUUCGAAUACUCCAACCUCCAGGUGCCGAAGAAGGUUCGCUUCGAUAAUUGCAGUACGAUGUCAUUUGAGAUUACCGUCGACGUGCGCAAUACUGGGCUUCGAGAUGGCUCAGAGACCGUUCAAAUAUACGUUCAAGACAUUGAGACGACGUUUGACCGUCCUCGGAAAGAGUUGAAGGGAUUUACUAAAGUCUGGGUUGGGAAAGGAGACACGGUCACAGCCAAGGUCACUCUUGACAAGUAUGCGUUGUCAUAUUGGAACGAAGAGAUGGAGCAGUGGCUGGCUGAGAGGGGCGCAUUUCGCAUCAUCGUUUCCAAGAGUGCCGACCCAAAAGACGAAGCGCUGAGCGCUGAGUUUGAACUUGAGGAAGACUUUAGUUGGCGAGGUCUUUGA